AUGUUUUGUUCUUCGUGUGGAAAUCAACUUCAUGAAACCAAUGUCUUUUGCCCUUCUUGUGGCAGAAUGGUUGAAAACCCUGAAGCUCAAACUGUAGCAAAUGAGGAAGAAGAACGGGAAGCAAUAGAAAACUAUUUUCUUGCAGGAUACGAGUACGAAACGAUUUUUUGUUUUUUGUCGAAAUAUCAUAGCAUUAAUCAUUCAAUGUCAACACUGAAGAGACUGUUAAGGGAAUAUGGCCUGAAAAGGAAAAAUGCUGUUGACAUUGAUGAUAAUGAUAUCGUUGAAGCCAUUCAACAAGAAUUACAAGGUCCAAGUUGUGUGUCAGGGUAUCGACUCAAAUACGGACUGUGUGUUCCAAAAGACAAGGUGCAGAGGAUUUUAAAGGAGCUUGACCCAAACGGCACCGAAGAACGAAAGCGGGCACCAGCUUAA